AUGACGGCUUUUCUGCCGAUGAUUCUGACUCAGCCGACUAAGGUGCUGACGGCGACUGAGGUGUUGCUGGUGAUGUGGACUGAACCGGAGAUGGCGACGUGGGCUACAAAGCGGACAGUAGCGGGGCAGGCGGCGAUGGGUUCGCCGUUUUGGAGUCGGUCGACGGCGAUGGGGGUGCAACCGGUGAAGCUGGUGCGGCCAUUGAUGGUGUCGGCGAGGGGUCUGCCGAUUUCGGCUCAAACGGCGGCGAAACGGGUGGCGACUCGUCAGGCCUCAGCGGAAACCUCGAUUUGCCGGCUUAGUCUUCUGGAAGAAGAUAAAGAUGACGUACCCAGAGAAUAUGUCGAAAGAACCGAGUUUCACACCUAUUCUGCACAGCGAGUAUGGGGUCUAAUUAUUCUGUUGGACAGAAUAUGGCGAGACCCUGUACUACUGGGAGCCGAAAUUAAGAAGAAAUAA